GAGCUAUCUUUUUGUUGUCGAUCAAGUAUCUAUUCAUUUUCCUUCAGUUAAACACGGAGAUUUUUCUUCUUCAUAGUAAAAGCAAAAAUCUGCAAAACGAAUUUCAAAAGAACCGAAAGAGGUGCAACUGCUGUCUCGUUCUCCCAAUGAAUCGCAAUCAAUACGAAAACCACCUUCGCAGCGUCAAUGAGGGUCUGCCUCUUGGACUCGUACUGACCCCCGACCUAACAAUGGACUUGGUGGAGUUGAACGCGAACGGUAAUCACGCGGAAGACAAGCUUGUCUGCACCGAUUGUAACAGGAAGUCUGCUAUCACUUUGACUCCCACCGUAAGCGAUGAGGCCCUUAAUACUUUAAAUGAGCUGCGCGAGGCGAAUCUUUUGUGCGAUGCCCAGAUUUCGGUGGGAGAGCAGGCUUUCAAUGUACACCGGGCAAUAAUGUGUUCAUGCAGCUCGUACUUUCGCGCUCAGUUUACAGGAUUCAGUGCUGACAGCCGCGAGCGAACAACUAGAACAGUUGCCGCCGAGCGGAGUCCGGUCAUCCACAUCCCCGGCAUAAGCGCAACCAUAAUGAACUGUGUAAUUCAGUACGCCUACCUGCGCCAAACCCGCAUCACCGAAAACAAUGUGCACGAGCUUCUCACAUGCGCGGACUAUGUUGGCAUGGUAGGUUUGGUAAAUCAGUGCAAGGAUUUCCUCAGUAACACCCUUACCGCGGAAAACUGUGUUAGUAUCAUGGGAUUCGCACGGUUCCGGUUUUUGGAGGACCUGCACUUGAAGGCACGAACCUACACGCUUAGAUAUUUUACGGAAGUGGCAAGCCGCAAUACUGAUAUUCUGGACAUGAACGUUAAGGACUUUUACAGCAUAAUUAACGAUGAUGAACUUAACACACGGGAAGAGGACCUUGUAUGGAAAUUGUGCGUUAAGUGGAUCGACCGGAAUCCGGAAAGCCGCAAGCAGCAUGUCGCACAUCUGAUGACCGGGGUUCGGUUGGGCCUGAUGACUCCAAAGUGCUUCAUGGAGGAGGUGAAAGAGCACCCGUACGUCAUGCAAUGUGAUGCCGCCAAGCCGCUGAUAGUCGACACUUUUAAAUUCAUGUACGACUUGGACUUUUUAAAUCCGCAGGCAGACGAGCUAACUACUCCACCGCUCGCCAUGCCGCGGCUGCCACACGAGGUAAUUUUUGCAAUUGGUGGCUGGAGCGGUGGAACCUCGAAGGGUUGUAUGGAGACUUACGACACACGGGCUGAUCGCUGGGUUAACAUCAACGCUGAGGAUCCUGCCGGUCCACGCGCCUACCACGGCACCGCAGUGCUUGGCUUUAAAAUAUUCUCGAUUGGCGGAUACGAUGGCGUUGAGUACUUCAACACCUGCCGCGUAUUUGAUGCCGUUAAGAAAAAGUGGAACGAAAUCGCUCCAAUGCACUGCCGUCGCUGCUACGUAAGUGUAAGCGAGCUGAACGGCAUGAUUUAUGCUAUAGGUGGCUACGACGGCCAUAACCGUCUGAACACUGUGGAGCGGUAUAACCCAAAGACCAAUCAGUGGUCUAUUAUUCCGCCUAUGAACAUGCAGCGUUCUGAUGCAAGCGCGUGCACCCUGAAUGGUCGCAUUUACGCCACUGGCGGAUUUAACGGCCAGGAGUGCUUAGACAGCGCCGAGUUUUACGACCCAAUAAACAACGCGUGGACUCGAAUAGCUAACAUGAAUCAUCGUCGGUCCGGAGUGAGCUGCGUGGCUUUUAGGAGCCAGCUGUACGUCAUCGGUGGCUUCAACGGUACAGCGCGUCUAUCUACCGGAGAACGCUUCGAUCCGGAGACACAAAGUUGGCACUUCAUCCGCGAAAUGAAUCACUCGCGUAGCAACUUUGGACUAGAGAUUAUUGAUGACAUGAUCUUUGCAAUUGGCGGCUUCAACGGAGUCUCGACCAUCUCUCAUACAGAGUGCUACGUUGCGGAAUCAGACGAGUGGAUGGAGGCCACUGAUAUGAACAUUGUCCGUUCCGCGCUGUCUGCCAAUAACGUAGUAGGGCUUCCAAACAAGCGAGACUAUAUUCAUAAGGAACGGGACCGCCUAAUGGAGGAGAGACGUCAGCGUCUUAUGUCCACCGCCAUGGCUCGGGAGAAUAUCGGCCACGUCAAUCCCUCGCAAUCGUUAGUAGAGAACAACGAAGGUGGCAUGGAUGGCUACGAUGAUGAGGAGACUGAGCACCAGCAACUAGUACAGCAGCAGAUCAUACCACUCCCCCUAGGCCUACAAAUUCCGGAUGUAGCUGCUGACCCAGCUAUUUUUAAUGGUCUUAUUCCAAGACUAGGUCUUGAUCUCCAGACGCCAGGUCAACCUUUACCGGUCUCCAACGUCCAAUUCAACCGUAUGAUUGAGGAUCGUGACCUGGACAACAGACGCCGAUUUCGUAUGCAGCUGCGUAACCAACGCCAUGGAUCGCAUCAUGAAAUUCGCCGUCCCACCUAGGCGACACCUAUUAGAACUCUUACCCUGAUUUACCCUAUUUCUGAGGGACAACAAAAAAUCGUGUGCAGAUCACCACAAAAGAUUAAACGUAAGCGUGAGGCAUGGUAAUUUUACAAGUACUGCAGCAAAGCCCACGUCCGUCGAAACCGCUUUUCAAAAAAAUUUUCCACAGCCCAAACAAAAACAAACGCAACGUGUGGUUACCAAGUCGUCGUCUUUUUUCAUUUAUUUAACGGAAUUAUAAAAUUGGACGUUCCAAGUUCAAAGUAAAUCGAGCCAUUAUAUUUAAUGAAAAUUAUAGUCUAUCUAAAUUAAAUAAAUAAAUAUAUCAUCAUCGUAAAGUA